UAUUGCCCUAAAAUUGUCAGUUGUCACUGUAUGUCAAUUUUGUCAAUGUCAAAUUUAGAGCGAUUUUGAUUUUUGAUCCUCUUAAAUGUCAACAUUUGAUUAUUAAUUUAAUAUAGUUAGGAUGGCUGUAGUUAUUUUAACUGGAUCAAAAUUAAUCACAAAACAGCCUGGAUUAGUUGCGGUCGCAUAUAUCCGCUCAAAUAACUAUAGCACCGAAGAUAGGGCAUACAAUUUAGCCAGCUUAAAACGAGGUACUGGAGGAAGAUCCAGUUUCAAUGGCAUUGUAGCUACAGUCUUUGGAGCCACAGGCUUCCUUGGUAGAUAUGUCUGCAAUAGACUAGGAAAAAUAGGUUCACAAAUCAUUAUCCCAUACAGAGGAGACAACUACGAGCCUUUCAGAUUGAAACUGGUAGGAGACUUGGGUCAGGUUUACUUUCAUCCAUACCACUUAAGAGAUGAAGAGUCUAUUGCUAAGUGUAUCAAGUACUCAAAUGUUGUUGUUAACCUAGUAGGAAGAGACUGGGAAACUAGAAAUUUUAAGUUUGAUGAUGUGCAUGUAGAUGGUGCAAGACGGCUAGCACGUUUGGCAAAACAGGCUGGAGUUGAGAGAUUUAUUCACUUGUCGUCUAUAAAUGCUGAUGAAAACCCUCAAAGGGCAGGGAUACUAAAAGGUGGAUCCAAUUUUCUUAGAAGCAAAGCUAGAGGUGAAGAAGCAGUUUUGGAAGAAUUUCCAGAGGCUACAAUCUUCAGACCAUCUGAUGUAUAUGGACAGGAGGAUAGAUUUGUUAGAUAUUAUGCCCAUCCAUGGAGGAGAUCUGCCAACUAUUUCCCACUGUGGCAUAAAGGUGAAAGAACUGUAAAGCAACCUGUGUAUGUUAGUGAUGUUACCUCAGGUAUUAUAAAUGCUAUAAAGGAUCCUGAUACUGCAGGGAAAAUAUAUCAAGCUGUCGGCCCUAAACGAUACCUUUUAUCAGAUUUGGUCGACUAUUUCCACAGAAUAAUGCGCAAAGAUGACGAAUGGGGUUAUAAACGUUACGACAUGCGUUGGGACCCACUUUUCCAACUUCGUGUUUCUCUAACAGAGAAAUUCUCCAUAAAUUGGCCAAUUGGGCAUUUGCACUGGGAAAAAAUAGAAAGGGAGCACUUAACGGACGAUGUUAAAAGUGAUAUUCCAACUUUGGAAGAUCUAGGAGUCAAUUUAACAGCUGUAGAAAACCAAAUGCCAUGGGAGUUCAAACCUUGGACAUGGGGUAUUUAUAGAGGACAAGAUCCCGACGAACCUGUCGCUCCAGCUGCUCCGCCAAAGGCUCUUGUUUAAAUGUGUAAAAAUCUUUGUAUGAGUUAAUAAAAAAUAAUUGUACUGCGUUGUUAAUCCGUUUUCGCAAUUUAAACAUUAGAUCAUUAUUUCAAUAUUGAAAUCUUAAAUCAAUUCUAUCAAUGUAUAUAUUAUUUUAUAGAACUAAUUAUGGAUACAAAAUAAAAAUAUACUAUUUGAA